AAAACAAGAAAUUAAAUGUAUGUGAAAGGCAGUCGGCAGCCGGUUCGGCUCAGAUCUGCCGGACUAUAUGAUCGGACUAAAGCCCUGAUCACACUGGGGGCCCUGAUUACACUGGGGAGGGAGGGGGAGUGUGACGUCAGGGGCCGGAAGUGUCGGAGACAGAAAGCUGCUCCACCUCCGCCAGAGUCGGGCGUGUUUUUAAAAAACUCACCGAGGGGGAGAAGGAAGAGUCGGAGACGGGAGGAAAAAUACGGUGACGGGGAGCUCCGUGGUGCGAUCGGCAGUGGCACCAUGCAUUACUACCGCUACAAGGCAGCUGAGGUCAGCUGCUUCUACAAGUACUUGAUGUUUAGCUACAAUGUGGUCUUCUGGUUGGCUGGGGUGGCGUUCAUCGCUAUCGGCAUUUGGGCUUGGAGCGAGAAGGGGGUGCUGCUGGACCUAACCCAGGUCACCCGAAUGCAUGGCUUUGACCCUGUGUGGCUGGUGCUUCUAGUGGGUGGGGUCACCUUCAUCCUGGGCUUCGCUGGCUGCGUCGGGGCCUUGAGGGAGAACAUCUGCCUACUCAAGUUUUUCUCCUCCUUGAUCGGCUUCAUCUUCUUCCUGGAGCUGACGGCGGCCGUCCUGGCCUUCGUCUUCCAGGAUACCCUGAGGGAGUGGAUCAGAGAUCUGUUUCUGACCAACAUCAAGGCGUACCGGGAUGACAUCGACCUGCAGAACCUCAUCGACUCGCUGCAGAAGCUGAACCACUGCUGCGGCGCCUCAGGUCCUGACGACUGGAAUGAGAACCUGUACUUCAACUGCGCCAAAGACAACCCCAGCAGGGAGCGCUGUGGAGUGCCCUUCUCCUGCUGCGUGCACGACCCAGCUAAUCCCGUUGUAAACACACAGUGUGGCUAUGGUAUCAGAGACUUCAAAAUGAACCGCAGUCAGUUCAUCAAUGACAGAGGCUGUGUAGCCGCCAUGGAAGCCUGGCUCCCGCGCAACAUCUACAUCAUCGCUGGAGUCUUCAUUGGCAUUUCCCUGCUGCAGAUGGUGGGCAUCUACCUGUCUCGGACGCUGAUUGUCGACAUCGAAAGAGUCAAGUUCAACAUGUGAGGUGGGCGGGGCCUCUGCUGUGGCCCCUCCCCCUCCAGUAACCAAUGGUGGCUCCCUCUGGAGGAAUGACGCAGCAGAGCCACGUGUUACUUUGACCUCCUUGCCAAAUGGACUUCGCCCUACGUGUGUGUGUGUGUGUCCUUCACUCUGUUUCGUGUGACGUUCCUGCUCUCACACCUGCCUGCUGAGGCCCCCAGGUGACCCCCCUCUUCCUUCAUUUGACCCCGACCUCGGGGAUUUGGAGGAUGGCCUUGUCAGAAGGAGCUUCCCCCUGCCAGCUUCCCGCUGGAGAUGCGGCGUCCUUUGGCUUCUUGGCCGCGGGACUCCCUCCCAGUGAGAGCGCCAUCUGUCUGUACCAGGGCAUCUCAGUGACAUCACCUUUGUGGCAUCGCCCCCCCAUGGCUGGCUGUGGGUUAUAGGAGCCUGUUCUGUCCUGGGAUUGGGGCCAGCUCGGGGGGAGGGGAGGGGAGGGGGGGGGUCACACCGCUUGGAUGGCCUGCUUGUUCUGCUUCUACGAUCCCUUGGAAAACUGGCCAGAUCUUUAGAUGUACAAGCAGGAUAGUCAUUCUUGGAACAGCCCUUAUGAGAAAUGUUGCAGGGAGGCCCUUCCCUGCUCCCUGCGUUUGGCCUGUUACUAACCUGCAGCUUAGAGCCAGUGCUGAUGUCAUGCCUUGCCGAUGGGAGUCCCCUGGUGGCAGCAUCUGCACUGCAGGUCCAGGGCAGCUGGAGCAUAAGAGCAGCUCUGACCUCCUAACGCACGCAGGCGAACAGACGCAAAGUGCCUAAUCCUUCCCGCACUAGGAGAAUGUUCCGUGAGUAGGGCAGCAAACCCUUGCUGUCUGGGUAGACAUUUUAUGAAAACCUUUGUAUUUAUCUUCCUUCCCUGUUUUGCUACUGAAAACUGCACAAUUUUUACAUUUUUAUGUGGAUUUAAGCUUUGGAGGGAUAUUUGUACAGCCGUUUUGGUGAAUAAAAUGCUCUCUGUCUUUCCA